AUGUCCCUCAAUAUUGGUUUCUCUGACUUGUACCCUCCCACGCGAGUCUGUAUCGAUCCUCGUUGUGCAACAGAGUCCUCGACAAGCUAUCGAUCCCGCGAAUUGACAGAUGUCAUCAGCUACAACGUCACAAUCUUCAUGAAGGACUUGGGGCCUGUACCGGGGUGGGCAUUCUCAGCUCGUUGUCCAUGUUGCGGUGCGAGAUACUAUCCCAAUUACUUAGUAGAAGGCCGGCAUCAUCAAAGCCGACGCACAUAUUACACCGAAGUUCCCGCCUUUAUUCAAGUUUCGAUGCAUUACUACGUUGACACGAGGCUCGCAGAGAUGUUCACGAACAUGAUGGUGUGCGCAUGGGUCUCUGCCACGAAUUCUUCCAGAAUCUACAAUCUCAGCUUCAGUGGCAUGGAAGAACACAUCGGGGACAAGUGGCCAUGGAAUCUCAAGUUAACGUGUGACCAUGUUUGGGAUGCAUUCUUCAUUUAUGCAUUACUCCUCGAUGCUAACGAAAGGAAUGUCCCACUGAACUUGGACCAUAACGCUCCCGAUAAUGCCCAACGUUUACGCGCAGCCCUUGAUGCUCGCAAUGAACUUGCCUUACGUGCUGCCGUUUCGGAUGGUAUCACGAUUGGCCACCCUUGUUGCGCACAUCAUGAUUGCAAGAAUCCCCUUCCAACGCAGCGGUCCAAGUUUUGCGUUGAGCAUGCUUCCCUUAGUAGUUUAUGUGCUGUCACGACGUGCUCUCGUUCCGUUGAGCUCAACUUUCAAACGUGCUCCUUGCCUGAGCAUCGGAAGCUUGAGAACGUUGGAUUAGAGCAAUAUACGGCACUCUUUCAACUUAGGAGGCGGCUUGACAAACUCAAGACAACGCAUGUUGAGGAUUCCGUGGAAUCACCGUCAGCCACUCUCCAUGCUGACGAACUCGUCGAAGUCGAUGCCCAUGGUGAAUGUGCCAGCAAAUCACCAGAGGGUAAUAUUAAACUAUGGGCUGUAUUUGGUCGCCGCAGAACACACAACGAGCAGCUGUGUGUUACGACAUGUGGUAUUAUACUUGGCCGCGCAACUUUCUUUGGAUCUGAGGGACCAUAUGGAGUGGUGGUAUGUCCUCGCUAUUCUUGUCUUUCCUUUUCCGUUCUCAUUUGCAUCAAGAAAUUCCAUGAGAAGCUUUUUCCUACCCCGCAGUCUGUACCAGGUGUCAUCUUCUACGAUAACAAUUGCCAUAUCAAGCGUGUUCUGGAAAAGUCAAGAAACUUGCAUUUUCAACGACGGCUGUUCACAACGUUAACCCAAGCCUAUCACUCUCGACGUUCAAUUACUCGAGGGAAACCCAUUUAUCGCCAGCUUCUUUCUCCUUUCCUUUCAUGGAAGCCUCAUUGCGGGGCUUGGAGAUGCCUGGUAAAGCUUGACGCAACCGCUCUCCGUCAGUCUUCGAGGGCUUGGAGAUGCCUGGUAAAGCUUGACGCAACCGCUCUCUCUCUCGAGCCGUCGAGUGACCAAUUUCCUGGCUCACGAACUAAUUCUAUGGGUACCACUUCCAACCUGUGCCUACCAACUUUCAUGAUACUGGCAUCCAAAGCCCCUUUGCCACCUUGCAUCAUCUUCAUCAGCUACCCCGUGUCUGCCUCCCCGCAAGAUACGGUGCCUACCAAUGCAAAUACGCUGACGACGACAAGGACUGCGAGUUCAAACCUGCAGCUGUCGACGUUGUUGACGGAGGCAUAUACGGAGAACGAGGCGUUGAAGAAGAAAUUGACGAAUACGAGGAAACACGCGGAAAAGGCUGAGCGGCUGUUGCAAAUGCUAACGGAUGCGUCGUCGUCGUCUCCCACGUCCGAAUCGUCGGCGAAGUGCAUUAUUAUCGAGUAUGAAAAUCGAGUGGGUGACUUGCGUAGUCAGGAAGCGAGAGAGGCGUUUGGGAGGAUUUUCUUCAUCAACCACGACAACAUCCCGCAGAGCACGCACGCCAAGCUUAGAAAGCAAAUACACCCACCCACCAUCAAAACGAUCCCACGGGAAUGGAGAACCGAGGAUGUCUUAUUCCGACUUGAGUCAUCAUGUCCCCCGGCGAUCACCACAAACCGCACCCACACACCCUCCCUUCGUCACAUUCACAUCUCCAUUGCCAUCAACAACACCAUCCCCAUCAUGCGCUUUCGUGUAGACCCCAUUCAAGGUCUUCAAGUCGCUCUAGCAGCGCUUCAUUGGACAUUGAUGAGAUGCUCUUUGAAGCCACUACAGCCGACGCCAUCAACGGCAUCGCUGCGAAUCAACGACCACAACAACCACCGCAUAUGGCGAGUCUUCCUUUACCAACUACAACCGCAUCUCAAAAUGGGUCCCCGCAUCUGUAGAGCCACCACUCACGAAGACACGCCGAGGAGGGGUAGUAGCAGCAGGCGCGUACACGUUUACGAGGGUCAACAAGCACAAGAGGGGCUGGGCCCAAUCAACGCACCGAUCGUCGCACCGCCCGCCCAAGUCUUCCCAGCCACAAACGCCCAAGGCCAGAGGAUCUGCAGACAAUGCGGUUUCCCAAGACGGUAUAAAGACGAUAACGUUGAAAAAUGGGGCCCUGGGCCGAUGGGUCCUAGGACUGUUUGUGAUCAGUGUAAACGCGUCGAGAGGCGAGGAACCCUGGAGACGCAACAACAAGUGGCGGUCAUGCACCAGAAGCCUUCGCGAGGGGGGUCGAUGUCACAACUUCCGCUCUCUCAAGGCUCGGAUCGAUCGAUACAUAGGACGGAUAUGGUUCUCACACAUCAUGGAAGUUUCUUGCAGCCCUCGCAAUCCCAAUCGCAGAUUCUGGGGAGGGAGCCGUUGCAAGCUCAGCCGCACGCGCAAACCCAGGCUCCACCGCGUUCAUCGCACUCGCAUCCAUCCCAUACCUCGCAUUUGAGAAUCCCCACGGUUACACAAGUAGGUGGUGCAGGUCUGAACUGUAGCCCUCCGCCUUCCACAGCUGCGUUUGAGGAGGACGAAGGGGAGGAGGAGGAUGCUGAACAUGAACGUGAACAAGAGCAUGAUGGGGAGGAUGGCGAUUCAGAGCAGUUGCCGCUUUCGAAUGUUGGGAGGGGAGGAAAGGUUGGGAGUAGGAGUCGGGCGGGUGUGAAGAAAAACGGUGCUACUGCCGCUGGAGGGAAGAGCAGCACUGGUGGGAGGAACACGCCUGCGGGUGGGAGGAGGAGCACGCCUGCGCGUGGUGGAGGGGAGAAGUACCCCUGUUGUAGGAGGAAGAAGCACGCCAGCUGGAAGAAGCACUCCAUCAGGAGCGAGAAGGAUGACGCCAGCAAACAAAAAAUCGCCGUUGGGUGUGGCGAUAUCACCCACACCUGGGAUGGAGAUGCGGAAGCUGAGGCUGAGGCUGAGAUUCUAGGUGCGGUUGAAGCGACUGGUGGUGGGGAUCAGGAGUUGGUUGAUGCGGAUGGGGAUGCAGAGGCGGAGCUGUUGGAGGCUGUGGAUGCUGCCGAGGCGAAUAGCAGCAGCAGCAGUAGCCAUGGCGGACCGAGUGGAGGCGGGUGGAUGAAGGAGGAGGAUGGGGCUUGA